AUGCCCGAAUUAUUAAAGAGAAUUGCCUUUGAAGUAGCUGGGAAUCCAGAUGAAAGAACUUUCACAUUAUCUUCAGGAUCAAAUGAUGGUCAUUAUUUAUCCUUAAGACCCCUUGUCAAACCAAGAACUCCUGAAGGAAAGGAAUUCCCAUUCGAAUGGGCCUUUGCUGGUACUAAUAAAGAUAUUACCGUGACUCCAAUUGAAGGUAGUGAAAACACUGUUAAACAAGAUUUUAACUUUUGGAUUGACAUCAAUGCUUAUUUGAAUGUGCCAAAUACACAUAGAGGUGUCGUUAACACUGUUUGGACCACUUGGGAUUCUGGUUGUAUCAAGGAAGCUGGUGAAGUUUUCCCAUUCGGUAAAGAUAAACAAGCCGUACCAUUUAUUGAAUUGUGGCAACCAAUAGAUGCCAACAAAGAGGAUUUGGUAAUUGUUCAAGAAUCAAACAAAACUCUAAAGUCAAUUGUCUUAAAGAUUGAUGACUCAGAAUACUCUGGUCUUGUUAUCGUCGUUGGUAAAUGGGUACAAGGGAUCCUAAUUAAGAAAAGUGAUGGUACCAAGAAGGGACUAAACUUCAUGAGAUUGCAAGAAGCCUCAAACGGCUCCUAUAAAUCGUUAAUCGAGUACGGUAUUGAUAGUUCCAAGUUCCCAAAAAAGUUUGAUUCGUUGGAAAAGGAUGCAGUUUUGAGUGUUGCUGGUUUGAACUGGACUGUUAUUGAAGCUACUUAUUGA